AGCAAACUUAAAAAGCUGAGUGAAGACAGCUUGACGAAACAGCCAGAAGAGGUCUUUGAUGUUUUAGAAAAGCUUGGCGAAGGCUCUUAUGGAAGUGUGUUUAAAGCCAUUCACAAAGAGUCUGGUCAGGUGGUUGCAAUCAAGCAAGUUCCUGUGGAAUCAGACCUUCAAGAAAUUAUUAAGGAAAUCUCUAUAAUGCAGCAAUGUGACAGCCACUAUGUAGUCAAGUACUAUGGCAGCUAUUUUAAAAAUACAGACCUGUGGAUAGUUAUGGAAUAUUGUGGAGCUGGCUCUGUCUCAGACAUUAUUCGAUUGCGGAAUAAAACAUUAACAGAAGAUGAAAUUGCUACAAUACUUAAAUCUACACUGAAGGGGCUUGAAUACUUACAUUUCAUGAGGAAGAUCCACAGAGAUAUAAAAGCAGGGAAUAUUUUGCUGAACACAGAGGGUCACGCCAAGCUGGCAGAUUUCGGAGUGGCUGGCCAGCUAACAGACACAAUGGCAAAGCGCAAUACAGUAAUAGGAACUCCAUUUUGGAUGGCUCCUGAAGUGAUUCAAGAGAUUGGGUAUAACUGUGUGGCAGAUAUCUGGUCACUGGGGAUUACAUCUAUAGAGAUGGCUGAAGGGAAGCCUCCAUAUGCAGACAUACAUCCA